CAUGACCUCCACAGAUCAGAGGGCCUCCCUGGAUCUGAACAGGAAUGCCACCCCGGGGUCCGUUGGAGCCCCCAACUCUACUGCUAAUCAUGGCUCUUCCUGCCCCACGGAGAUCCAGAGGUAUGUGCGGAUCAAGAAUUGGGAGACCGGCCAGCUAUUCUAUGACACCCUGCACAUGCAGUCCACGACGGAGGUGCCCUGCAGAGAGCGGCGGUGUCUGGGCUCAGUCAUGUUCCCUAAUCAGUUGAUCCGCAAACCUCCAGAGGAGCCAGUCAACAGAGAGAGGCUUCUGAGCAUGGCAACAGACUUCAUCAACCAGUACUACACCUCCAUCAAACAGUUCCAGUCCCUGGCACACCUGCAGCGUCUGAACAUGGUGCAGAGUGAUGUCAGAGCCACGGGCUCCUACCAGCUGGAGGAGACGGAGCUGAUCUUCGGUGCCAAGCUGGCCUGGCGGAACGCCUCCCGCUGUGUUGGACGCAUACAGUGGUCAAAGCUACAGGUGUUUGACGCCCGGGACUGCAGCUCGGCGGAGGAGAUGUUCACUCACAUCUGCACCCACAUGAAGUACGCCACCAACAAGGGCAACCUGCGAUCGGCCAUCACAGUUUUCCCACAAAGGUCAGAAGGUCUCAUGGAUUUCCGCAUUUGGAGCCCUCAGCUUAUUCGCUACGCCGGGUACAGCCAGCCAGACGGCUCAGUCAUUGGGGAUCCCUCCAAUGUAGAGCUCACAGAGCUCUGUAUCCAGAUGGGCUGGAAGCCUCGUUAUGGGCGCUUCGAUGUCCUGCCCCUGAUCUUGCAAGCGAGGGGGGAGCCACCUGCUCUGUUUGAGCUGCCGGCCGAGCUGGUCCUGGAGGUGUCCAUCACACACCCCACGUUUGAAUGGUUUGCGGAACUGGGUUUGAAGUGGUAUGCGCUCCCUGCAGUGUCCAGUAUGAUGCUUGAGAUUGGGGGGCUGGAGUUUACAGCGGUGCCCUUUAACGGGUGGUACCUGGGGUCAGAGGUCGGAGUCAGGAACUUCUGCGACAACCACAGAUACAACAUCCUGGAGGACGUGGGCAGACGAAUAGGCCUGGACACCAAGAAGACCUCCUCCCUCUGGAAGGACAAGGCGGUGGUGGAGAUCAACAUCGCUGUGCUGCACAGCUACCAGCUGGCGAAGGUGACGAUCGUGGACCACCACGCUGCCACAGAGUCCUUCAUGAAGCACAUGGAGAAUGAGUAUCGCAUGCGAGGGGGCUGUCCUGCAGACUGGGUCUGGAUCGUCCCGCCCAUCUCUGGCAGCAUCACCCCUGUCUUCCACCAGGAGAUGCUUGACUACUUCCUCUCACCCUCUUUCUCCUACCAGCCUGAUCCCUGGAAACUCCCGGGUUUCUCUGCCAAGAAGAAGAUGCGCUUCAAGGAAAUCGCAGAGGCUGUGAAGUUUUCUGCCAGUCUGAUGGGCCACGCCAUGGCAAAGCGAGUGAAAGCCAGGAUCCUGUACGCCACGGAGACAGGCAAAUCUGAGACUUUUGCACACAUGUUGUGUGACAUCUUCAAACAGGCCUUCGACCCCAAGGUGGUCUGCAUGGACGAGUAUGACAUUGUCAACCUGGAGCAUGAAAAUCUUGUCCUGGUCAUUACCAGCACCUUCGGGAACGGAGACCCGCCAGAGAAUGGAGAGAGAUUUGCCAAAGCACUGAUGGACAUGACCCAUCCUACCUCAGAAGAACUGGAACCACAGAAGAGCUACAAGAUGCGUUUCAACAGCCUGCGUAGAAUGGACACGAUUGUGGAGAUGCUGAAAAGGAAACCUCAUCUAUCCAGCACCACAGAGAGUGCUGGGCCCUUGGGCACUGUCAGGUUCUCUGUGUUCGGUCUGGGCUCCCGUGCAUACCCCCACUUCUGUGCUUUCAGCCGGGCGGUGGACACACGCUUUGAAGAGCUGGGAGGGGAACGCAUCCUGCAGAUGGGAGAGGGAGAUGAGCUCUGCGGGCAAGAGGAGUCCUUCAGGACCUGGGCCAGGGACAUCUUCAGGGCUGCUUGUGACACAUUCUGCGUGCAGAGCGAUUCGAGUCUGGACCAGAACGAGGAUUUGUUCUCAGGGGAUCACGGAUGGCAGCCUCAAAAAUACAGGACAGUGGUUGAGGCCACACACACAGGUCUGAUCACAGCCCUGUCCAAGCUCCACAAGAGGAAGGUCUUUCAGACUAAAGUCGUCUCAACACAAAACCUGCAGAGCCCAAAAUCCAGUCGUGCAACGAUACUGGUGCGCUUGGACACAGGGGGGCAGAAGGAGCUACAGUACCUCCCCGGGGAUCACCUGGGCAUCUUUCCAACCAAUCAGGAGGAGCAGGUGCAGGCCGUGCUGUCCCACAUCUCCAACGCCCAGCCAAUCAACGAGACCAUUGUCGUGGAGAUCCUAGAGGAGAAGAAUGGUAAAAGCAGCUGGGUGCGUGAGAACCGCCUGUCCCCCUGCACCCUGCUCCAGGCGCUGUCUCACUUCCUGGACCUCUGCAGCCCCCCCAGCCCCCAGCUCCUGCUCUCCUUGUCCCAGUUCGCCAGCGCAGACGAGGACAGGAGCAGGCUGGAGACACUCAGCCAGGCCGGCCAUGACUAUGAGCAUUGGAAGUGGUUCCACUCUCCCACGCUGGCGGAGGUUCUAGAGGAGUUCCCCUCGCUCAGCUUGCCCGCCUCCUUCCUGCUCAGCCAGCUCCCCCUGCUGCAGCCCCGAUACUACUCCAUCAGCUCCUCCCCUGAGACCACCCCCUGCCAGGUCCACACCACCGUUGCUGUGGUGCAGUACAGCACACAAGAUGGAACAGGUCCCCUGCACCAUGGAGUCUGUUCCACAUGGCUGAACCAGCUCAAGCCUGGCGAGGAGGUGCCCUGUUUCAUCAGAGGGUCGCCCUCCUUCCACUUGCCUGCUGAUGACUCUGCGCCCUGUAUCCUAGUGGGGCCAGGCACUGGUAUUGCCCCCUUUAGGAGCUUCUGGCAACAGCGGCUUUACGAGAUAGAGCACCAAGGAAAGAAGCCCAAGGAACUGGUGCUGGUGUUUGGCUGUCGCCAGGCAGAGUUUGAUCACAUUUACAAAGAGGAAAUGGAGGAAGCGAAACGCAAGGGAGCCUUCAGUGGCAUUUACACAGCCUACUCUAGGGAGAAGCACACCUCCAAGAUGUAUGUCCAGGAUAUUCUGCGGGAGCAGCUGGCCUCGAAGGUGUUCCGGACGCUGUGUGAGCAGAGAGGUCACAUGUACGUGUGCGGAGACGUCACCAUGGCGAAGGACGUGCUGGAUACGGUGCAAGAGAUCCUGUCGGUACACGGGGAGAUGAAUCUCGAUGAGGCCGGGGAGUAUCUCAGCAAGCUGAGGGACCAGAGCCGAUACCACGAGGAUAUCUUUGGCAUCACUUUGCGAACACAUGAAGUUAGGUCCCUGAUCCGAUACAGAUGCCACUUUCAGGAGCAGAAAACGAAUGGGAGUGUGGAGGCCUGAGCAGUAAUCUGAUAUUGUCUUGACACUGGAACACACACACACACACACACACACACACACACACACACACACAGACACACAUAAUGUACAUAUACACCAUAACUUCAAAGUACUUUUAAGUUAGUCUAAGAUAUAAAACUCAGUCAAGCAGACAAACAUUUCAGCUAGUGCCUUUAACAACAACAACAACAACAACAUUACAUUUAUAUAGAACCUUUCAAGACAACAUUGUUCCCAAGGUGCUUAACAUUAGGUUCAUCAAACAGUUUCUGUCUUCAGAAGAGAUUUCAGUGCAUUUUGUAUAUCAGUUAGGCAGGGAUAUCCCCUCCCUGUGAGAGAUAUGUGUGAACAGCACUCACACUUAUGAUUGUGUUAAUGGGGGAGUUUCUCAUAAAUUCUGAUGCAAACACAUGAAGUCACACAUGUUCUCAAGAUUGAGAACAAAUUCUCAUUUACAACGACGAUCUGGUCAAGAGGCAAACAUCACAGCAGCACAAAGGAAACAAAUACAACAUAGACAAAUAAAUAAAUAACACAUUAACACAUGCAUACACAUGAUGUUCACUGUUGUCUGGUGCAUGUGUAUGUAAAUUGUAUAUACAAAUGCAUCAGACAAUAGUGAAUUCAGAUUCUGAUUAAAAACAUCCUCCAAAGCAAAACACUGUAGUUUUAAUUUGAUUUGAUAUUCAUUCCAGUCAUAAGUAGCCGCAAAAUUAAAUUAAUUGCACCCAAAAACAGUGGACACUCUGGGAUGAACCAAUCUAAUAAAUGCAUCUGAUCUUAAAUUGUAAACUGAAGUAUACUGAGAACUGUAAUAGGUUGUGCAGAUAUAGUGGGGUUUUCCCAAUCAGGGCUCUAUAAACUAACCUAAGCCAAUGAUCCAAUCGCCUAGUGUGCAAUGAAGGCCAUUCAACCAUAAUAUAAAGACAGCAGUGAUGAGUAAGAUAAGAAACACCUUAUCUUAUAGCAGAAUGGCAUAAAGCAUCAAGCUUCCCCCAAGCAGCUUUCGAGGCCAUUUUCUUGACAAUGUCACCAUAAUCCAGUAUUGGAAAAACAAACAUCUGGACUAGACUAUACCUAGUGGAAAGUGUAGAACAUUUAACAUUAUCAAUAUGGGUUUUAAAAGACAAAGCACUGUCCAGCCAAAUACCUAAAUAUUUAUAAACUGCUACUUACUCUAAUUCCAUCACCCUAAUACUGUACACACUCAUUCACACUCACAUUCAGUCCUUAACAGGGCCUCCCAAAGACAUUCACAGGCAUUCUGCUCCCCUGAUACCCUUAUUUCAUGACAAACAAAAUCAACACUUGCCAAUGAUUGUUUAAAUGCAUUAAUAGCUUUGUUUGAUUUGUUUCUACCAACUUCUGUAGGUGAUCACAGUCCCUGAACUGCUAAAACACCCCCAUGAUCAAACCACCUCCAUUUAACUGUAGGUACAAGAUUUUCUUCAUUGAAGGUUUUUUUCUCCAAACAUACUGUGGUCCGUUUUUGGGAAGAAGUUAUAUUUUAGUCUCAUCAGACCAGAUAAUUUUGUUGAAGAAUGCUUCAGAUUCCUGUUCAUAUUUCUUGAUGAAUUUUAGACCGUUUGUUUUAUACAUUUUCUUUAAAAAUAUUUUGCUGCAAGGUCUACGUCCAUACAACUCUUUUGUGUUCAGGUGCCUAAAUCUUUCUUUAAGUCAUUGGCUGUUAAUCUUAGUUUUUUUUUUAGCUGCUCGGACAAUUCUCCUACUUGACAUCCAUGUUAUAGAUAUAUAGAUAGAGCGAUAGCUAGAUGAACAGAUGGAUAUAUGAGAGUGAGAGAGAGAUUUAGCCUUUAUUAUUAAAUCCAGCUGGCUGACUUCAUCUUUCAAAAUACUGCUUGUCUCAACUAAUAGUGUUGCACUGACAGUUACAACACAACACACUUGCAAACUGAAGGUUAUAGUUUCAAAUCCCACGCAUGCCAGACGUUUUUAUAUUUAUAUAAAAAAAAAACAUUUGUAGGCAAAUGUACCAUUUUAAAAAUAAAAUAAAUCACUUAAUAUAAAUGAUAGACAUCACAACUUGGUGGAGAUGUGUGACCCAUGCCAAAAUAAAAUUGGAUGAGAAUGAAAGCUUGUCCAAUCAACAUGCAGUGAUUAUACUGACGUUAUUGCAGGCUGAUAGCAGCUAACAGAAACAGAAGCAGUAUGAGGAAUAAAAAUGCAAGCAGCAUGAACUGCUCUGAAUAAAAGCUGGAUAGCAGCGCCAAUAAGGUAAAUGUUGAUUAAGAGAGGAGUUGCUGUGGGGGCUACUAGGGAUCGUUAAAAUGAAACCAGGGAUAGACUCUAAGCAGCCAAGCUUUCAUUUAAUUUGUUUACUUUUCCUUAUAAAUGUUAACCGAUUCUGUGUGGCUCGGGGGGCGGGAGCUAGGCUCCUCCCCAUCUUGAUCUCCUAUCAUCAAUCAAAUCUACUUCCUUUUUAACCAUUAGUCACACCUUCCGUCUUGCAUUUUUUCGUUUCCUCCUCCUCCUCUAUAACUCAACUGCCUUUGCAUGGGUCUCUUCUGGGGGGUUAGUGAGUCGCACUUCCCCCGACCUUUGUGCAAGCUACGCUUCCUUUACCUACACAAGGGAGGUUCUCUCAGUGAGUCAGAGGGGACCCCCGGCCAAACCCAACCUUUUAGCAUCUCAUGCGCUAUCGCUUCCCUCGCAAUCUGAGGAUCUAAGCUUAUUCUCUCUAACCUUGCAGAAUGAACUCUUCCUUUGUAAGAGUUCUCCUUUCAGGUUCUCUUAUAUGUUUUCAGUCUUUACUAACUCUAUAUCCCUGAGGGUGCCGAGCACCCUGCCUUGGAAUUAGCUGCAUCACGAUGCAGUCUUCUCACCGCGACCCGGACCUCGUCCUGCCAAGGGCUUGGUCCUAACGGUUGGCGGCUCUCCGAGAAGUCAUGCGACAUCUCUACAGGUAGCCUGGCUCCCGCUCCAUAAAUGUCUACUAGUGCAAAAAAACCCAAAAAACAGCAUGAAACUACU